GCAUCAUAUUCCAAUAAGUAGGGGUGAAAUCAAGCGGCUAAUGGGUAAAGCUGGAGCCGUUAGUUGAAGAAAAAGGAAAGGCCCACACUCACCCACCGCAACGAACGCCCACAUUCUCCGAUGCAAAGGAACUGAACCAUUAAGUGAUCAUGACUUCUGAGCUAUUGGAAAUUCACCCUCUAGAACUCAAAUUUACUUUUGAGUUGAAGAAACAGAGUUCAUGCUUAAUCCAAUUGACCAACAAGACUGAUCAAUAUGUAGCCUUUAAGGUGAAGACUACUUCUCCCAAGAAAUACUGUGUGAGACCCAACACUGGCAUUGUUAAACCCAAAUCAACAUAUGAUUUUACAGUUACCAUGCAAGCUCAGCGUGUUGCUCCACCUGACUUGAUUUGCAAGGACAAGUUCCUGAUUCAAAGUACAGUAAUUCCAUUUGGAACAGCUGAGGAAAACAUUACAUCCGACAUAUUCUCUAAGGAAAGUGGCAAACACAUUGAAGAAAAGAAGCUGAAAGUAUACCUUAGCCCACCAAAUUCACCUGUUUUGACUGCAAUUAAUGGAGACCUGAAACAAGACAUAGGUCAUGAGACUUCAUCUCCAAGGGAUAAAGCGCGGCAUGGAGUUGAAAACAUACCACCAUCUCAGAAGGUUGCUGAGGAUUUUAUGGGGUUUGAGACUGCAAAGGAUGCAGCAACUAUGGGCACUCAACGGUUUAAAACUUCCGGAGAUGAAACAGAAGAGCUAACUACUGCUAGCGAUUUGCAGUCAAGUGUUGCCAAGGAUGUGCAGCAAUUGAAAUCAUCAAAAGCUGACGAUUUUGAGAACUUGAAGUCAAAGAUAAGUUUUAUGGAUUCAAAACUUAAAGAGGCUGAAGUUACCAUCAUGAAGCUGACACAAGAGAGAAGCAUGGUUGCUCGAGAGACGGACAAGCUUCAAAGUGAAUUAGAGUUUUCGAAGACGAAGUCCAAUGCCAUAAGAAUAACUCAGGUAGGUUUUCCGCUCCUCUACGUAUGCAUGGUGGCCGUUGUCGGUCUGGUGAUCGGAUACUUGAGCAAUCUCUAGGGAGCGAGAACAAGUGAAUCUUUUGUUAUCUUACUAUGAAGUUCUAAGUUCCAACAUUAAAAAAAAAAAAAAAAAGUCUUUUCCUAUAUAUAAUGUUGGAACCUCUUAUUGCUUUUUUAUAUAUAAUUGGAACUUCUUAUUGUUAUUGUAAGUAAAUUGCACAUUUUUUAAAGUGAAUAUGAAGAUAACAAAUACCUGUAAA